AUGAAACGUUUCAUAAUUGCUCUCAUUCUUUUAGGGGCUUGUAUUGAAGGCACGUUUGGGAAAAACUCGUUUAAGAUCGUAAACAAGUUCCAAAAGAGGACAAAACUCCGUGUCCAUUGCUAUUCAGGAAACGACGAUUUAGGGGUUCAGUACUUAAUGAAUGGUCAAGAACAACAUUGGAGAUUCAACGAUUUGGUUUUUCAUAGGACAGUCUUUAGAUGUGAGUUAAUGCAUGGAUAUCAAUACCAGAAUUACCAAAAAUUUCAAGCUUAUAAUUCAAAUUGGGGGAGCGACGAGAAUAAUAAAAUGGUGACAUGGUUAGCUGUGGAAAGAGGUCUCUACAAGAUUUGGGAGAAUAGGACUCCUGAAUUUAUGUUUCCUUGGUCAUAA